CGGGAGGGAAGCGCAGAGCCGAGGGACAACUUUUCCACCCCGCUUUCCUGGUAGAAAAGAGCUGAAGUAAUGAGAAGACGCCAUGGAGGCCCAGUCCCACAGCUCCACAACCACUGAGAAGAAAAAAGUUGAGAAUUCCAUAGUGAAAUGUUCUUCUCGAACAGAUGUCAGCGAGAAAGCCGUAGCCUCCAGCACCACUUCUAAUGAGGAUGAAAGUCCUGGACAGACUUACCACAGAGAGAGAAGAAACGCCAUCACCAUGCAGCCGCAGAGUGUCCAGGGUCUCAGCAAAAUCAGUGAGGAACCGUCAACAUCGAGUGACGAGAGGGCCUCGCUGAUCAAGAAGGAGAUCCAUGGAUCCCUCCCGCACCUGGCGGAGCCCGCUGUCCCCUACCGCGGGACCGUGUUUGCCAUGGACCCCAGGAACGGCUACAUGGAGCCUCACUACCAUCCUCCACAUCUUUUUCCUGCCUUCCAUCCUCCUGUACCAAUUGAUGCAAGACAUCAUGAAGGCCGCUACCAUUAUGAUCCGUCUCCUAUUCCCCCACUGCACGUGUCUUCUGCCUUAUCUAGUAGCCCGACAUACGACCUGCCCUUCAUCAGGAUCUCCCCGCACCGGAACCCUGCUGCAGCUUCCGAGUCUCCCUUCAGCCCUCCGAAUCCCUACAUUAACCCUUACAUGGACUAUAUCAGGUCUCUGCAUAGCAGCCCUUCCCUGUCUAUGAUCUCAGCAGCCCGGGGACUGAGCCCUACAGACGCCUCGCACGCUGGAGUCAGCCCGGCAGAAUACUAUCACCACAUGGCCCUGCUGACCGGCCAGCGCAGCCCCUAUGCAGACAUCAUUCCCUCAGCUGCCACCGCCAGCACAGGGGCCAUCCAUAUGGAGUAUCUUCAUGCCAUGGAUAGUACCAGAUUCCCCAGCCCCAGGCUGUCAGCCAGGCCAAGCCGGAAGCGUACACUGUCCAUAUCACCACUGUCGGAUCACAGCUUUGACCUUCAGACCAUGAUAAGGACAUCUCCCAACUCCUUGGUCACAAUUCUCAACAAUUCCCGUAGCAGCUCUUCAGCGAGUGGCUCCUAUGGCCACUUAUCUGCAAGUGCAAUCAGCCCUGCCUUGAGUUUCACCUACCCUUCCGCUCCCGUCUCUCUCCAUAUGCAUCAGCAGAUCCUAAGCCGACAGCAAAGCUUGGGCUCAGCCUUUGGACACAGCCCUCCACUCAUCCAUCCUGCCCCAACUUUUCCAACACAGAGGCCUAUUCCAGGGAUCCCUACAGUUCUGAACCCCGUCCAGGUCAGCUCCGGCCCUUCUGAGUCCUCACAGAACAAGCCCACCAGCGAGUCUGCCGUGAGCAGCACUGGUGACCCAAUGCACAACAAGCGGUCGAAGAUCAAACCUGAUGAAGACCUUCCCAGCCCAGGGGCUCGGGGACAGCAGGAACAGCCCGAAGGAACAACUCUAGUCAAGGAGGAAGGAGACAAAGAUGAAAGCAAACAGGAGCCCGAAGUCAUCUACGAGACCAACUGCCACUGGGAAGGCUGCAGCCGGGAGUUCGACACCCAGGAACAGCUCGUACAUCAUAUAAAUAAUGACCACAUUCAUGGAGAGAAGAAGGAGUUUGUGUGCCGGUGGCUGGAUUGCUCGAGAGAGCAGAAGCCCUUCAAAGCCCAGUAUAUGCUGGUCGUGCACAUGAGGAGACACACGGGCGAGAAGCCUCACAAAUGCACUUUUGAAGGUUGCACAAAGGCCUACUCGAGACUAGAAAACUUGAAAACACACUUGAGAUCUCACACUGGAGAGAAACCAUACGUCUGUGAGCACGAAGGCUGCAACAAGGCUUUCUCAAACGCCUCCGAUCGGGCCAAGCACCAGAACAGGACACAUUCCAAUGAGAAACCAUACGUGUGCAAAAUCCCAGGCUGCACUAAGCGUUACACAGACCCCAGCUCCCUCCGGAAACAUGUGAAGACAGUGCAUGGCCCAGAGGCUCAUGUCACCAAGAAGCAGCGAGGGGACAUACAUCCUCGGCCCCCACCCCCACGAGAUUCCGGCAGCCACUCACAGUCCAGGUCACCCGGCCGGCUGACUCAGGGAGCCCUUGGGGAGCAGAAGGACCUCAGCAGCACUACCUCAAAGCGGGAAGAAUGCCUCCAGGUGAAAACGGUCAAGGCGGAGAAACCCAUGCAGACAUCUCAGCCAAGCCCUGGUGGUCAGUCUUCAUGCAGCAGCCAACAGUCCCCCAUCAGCAACUAUUCCAACAGUGGGUUCGAGCUUCCUCUGACCGAUGGAGGUAGUGCAGGAGACUUUGGUGCCAUCGACGAAACCCCAAUCAUGGACUCGACCAUUUCCACUGCAACCACAGCCCUUGCUUUGCAAGCCAGGAGAAAUCCGGCAGGGACCAAAUGGAUGGAGCAUGUAAAACUAGAAAGGUUAAAACAAGUGAAUGGAAUGCUUCCACGACUGAACCCCGUUCUACCCCCCAAAGCCCCUGCAGUCUCUCCUCUCAUAGGAAAUGGCACACAGUCCAGUAACUGCAGUCUGGGGGGGGGCAUGACUCUCCUCCCGAGCAGAAGCGACCUCUCUGGGGUGGACGUCACCAUGCUGAACGUGCUCGGCCGGCGGGACAGCAGCGCCAGCACCAUCAGCUCGGCCUACCUGAGCAGCCGCCGCUCCUCCGGCAUCUCGCCCUGUUUCUCCAGCCGGCGCUCCAGCGAGGCGUCGCAGGCCGAGGGGCGGCCGCAGAACGUGAGCGUGGCCGACUCCUACGACCCCAUCUCCACCGACGCCUCGCGCAGGUCCAGCGAGGCCAGCCAGGGCGAUGGGCUGCCCAGCCUGCUCGGCCUCACGCCGGCCCAGCAGUACCGUCUCAAGGCCAAGUACGCCGCGGCCACGGGCGGGCCGCCACCCACGCCCCUGCCCAACAUGGAGAGGAUGAGCCUGAAGACGCGCAUGGCCCUGCUGGGGGACGCCAGGGAGCCUGUGGGGACCCUGCCGCCCGUCAACCCUCCGCGGAGACGCAGCGACGGGGGAGCCCACGGCUUCGGCCGGCGCCACCUGCUGCCUCCCGACGCUCUGGGGACGGGCGUGAGACGUGCCAGCGACCCCGUGAGGACGGUCCCCGAGAGCCUGUCCCUGCCCCGGGUCCAGCGUUUCAGCAGCCUGGGCAGCUUCAGCCCUCCCGUGCUGCCGCCGGCAGCAGAAAAGCGCAACUUAGUGCUUCAGAAUUACACGCGGCCCGACGGUGGCCAGUCCCGAAACUUCCAUUCCUCCCCCUGUCCUCCCAGCAUUACGGAGAACGUCGCCCUAGAGUCCCUGAGCAUGGACGCCGAUGCCAACUUGAACGAUGAGGAUUUCUUGCCAGACGACCUGGUACAGUAUUUAAAUUCUCAGAACCAAGCAGGGUUUGAGCAGCACUUCCAGAGCACCACCUCGGAGGACAGCAAAGUGCCCCACGGGCCCGGUGACUUCGACCCGCCUGGGCUGCCGGACAGCCACGUGGGCCAGCAGUACCACCCCCUGGAGCAGGCCUGCCUGGAAGGCAGCAAGACCGACCUGCCCAUCCAGUGGAACGAAGUCAGCUCCGGCAGCGCCGAUCUGUCCUCCAAGCUCAAGUGUGGCCCGCGCUCCGCCCUGCAGCAGGCUCGGGCCUCUGGGUUGUACAACAAUUUGUUCACCCACCCGCAGAAUCCCUUGAGGAAUGGGGCUGGGCCCGCUGGCGGAUAUCAGACCCUCGGGGAGAACAGCGGCUCCUAUGGGGGCCCAGAGCACUUGGUGAUCCACGGAGGCGGUGGCUCCGCCACCGGUGGAAACGCCUUCCAUGAACAGCCAUAUAAGGCCCCACAGUAUGGGAACUGUCUCAACAGGCAGCCGGUGGCCCUUGGUACAGUAGAUGGUGCUUAUGCUGCGGGAAUUCAAGGGUCAAAGCUAAAAAGCACCACCAUGCAAGGGGAUGGGGGGCAGCUGAGUUUUGGCCUGUCUGUGGUACCACAUGAGUCAGCUGGUAGCACAGUGAAUGGUGUGCAGACUCAAGACCUGGGGGGCUACCUGGCUCACCCACUACUCAGCGAUAGCAUGCAGCCCCAGGGAGCAGGCCGCCCUGGUCAGCAGCCACUAGGGCAGGUCAGUGCUACCUCACACAUCAGCAGCUAUCAAGGGCCAGAGAGCUGCCUGCCAGAGACCCACGGCAUAGGCAGCCAGCCGUCAAAUGUGGCAGUGGUCAGGGGCUACCAGGCCUGUGCGAGCUUUGGGAGCAGCAGGUGCCAGGGUGUGCUGAGGGGCAGCCUCCCUCUUCAGCAAGGACAGCUCAGUGACUCAAGUCAGACCUGCAGGGUGAACGGCAUCAAGAUGGAAAUACAAGGGCCGCCUCACCCACUGUGUUCCAACAUGCAGAAUCUCUCUGGUCAGUUCUAUGACCAAAUCGUGGGCUACAGUCAGCAUGACACAAAAGCUGGUUCAUUCUCCAUUUCAGAAGCCAACUGCCUGCUCCACGGGGCCAGUGCCGAAAGUUCUGAGUUACUUUCCCCAGGAGCUAACCAGGUGACAAGCACAGUUGACAGCCUUGACAGCCAUGACCUGGAAGGGGUGCAGAUUGAUUUUGAUGCCAUUAUAGAUGACGGGGACCACUCCAGCCUGAUGUCAGGGGCUCUGAGCCCGAGUAUCAUUCAGAACCUCUCCCAUAGCUCCUCCCGCCUCACCACGCCACGAGCGUCCCUCCCAUUCCCAGCACUGUCUGUGAGCACCACCAACAUGGCUGUUGGGGACAUGAGCUCUCUGCUGACCUCUCUUGCAGAAGAAAGCAAAUUCCUUGCAGUUAUGCAGUAAGCAUUAGGGGAAAAGGACUGCAAACAAACAUAAGACUAAUAGGAACUGAAAAGAUUAACUGACUUCAUUUUUUGGCCGGUCUGUUUUUUUAGUUCUUGUAUAUAUUUUAGCAAUCUCAUCUCACCUAACUGGGAUGUGUUUCAAGUAUCUUCCUUUUAUGGAAAAGGACUCUGAGAAACCCUAAAGUAUUCUAGGGAGAAACUGUCUUCCAUUUCAGUUUUGAAUCAGUAUUGUUACACUCAAACCACCCUCUUUUUAAAAAAAAAAAAAACAAAAACUGUAAGCCCGCCCCAUUUUUUUAGUAAACCAAUGUAAAUGUGUUGUGCAUGUUCUUUCUUUUAGAAGAGCGGUCAAAUGAAAGGAUUUGACAUGUUUCUCUGUUCCUGGAAGGCAAUAGAGUUGGUGUGCUUGUAACCCCUGGGUUACGCUCCCAGCUUUUUUAAGUUUUCCUUUGCAUACGCUCAAUGUCUUGUUUUUGUGUUUUGUUUCUUGUUUAUUUUUUUUUAAGUCCCACAUUGGGCUCAAGAAUCAGAAUAUAAGACUCUUUCAUGGGUGCAUUGGCGCAUCCAUGAAAGACUUUCAAUGUCCUCCUCACCCCCAGCUCAGUUCAGGACAGACUUUCCACAGUUACACAGCAAUGGAAACUCGGGGCUCUUGCAGAUGAAGCCGUCGCUCACAGUGUAGGUUUCCAACUCUUGGUGUGCAGAAGUGUGCUUUGGGUGGACGUGUCUGUAGGGUCAGUUCUCAGUUAUCUCUUGCACCUCUUUUUUCUUGGCCUUCACGGGCAUUUGGUGUUGCUCAGAGCUGUCCUGAGAGAGGGGACAGGCAUUGGUGACACUCAGAUACCACCUUGCUACUUUUAUCCGUUCUGGUAAGAGGUUAGAUGAGCUGUAGUCUGGAGCAAUAGGGUUAUAGUUGGGGGCAUAUUCAUGGGUUUGCUGUAUUUGUUGAUUAUUCCCAUCUCUCCCCCCAUUGUGAUAGAUAACUGAGAAUUGAUUUUAUAAAGCUGUCAGUAUAGAAGCAUUUAAACAACCUCACCACCGGCCAUCAUUAACCUUUCUUUAUUCUACUAGAGUGAAAGAGUAUUUCUAUUAUAUAUGACCUAUAUUAAGGAAUUUAUAAAACUUAGUUGUAAAAGGAAAAGCUCACAUACUUUGAAUGAGGAAUAAAUUGCUUCAACCAUUUUUACUAUUUGAGAGCACUGGAAACAAUAUUUAGUAGCUGUGUGGAUGCCUUUUUCACACCGUAUUGAAUGGUGCAUCCAUUUCAGAAGUUAAUUUUGGGUGGGGAGGGGACAGAGUCUUACUCUGUUGCCCUGGGUAGAGUGUUGUGAGGUCAUCACAGCUCAUAGUAACCUCCAACUCUUGGCCUCAAGCAAUCCUCUUGCCUCAGCCUCCUGAGUAGCUGGGACUACAUGUGCCUGCUACCAUGCCUGGCCUUUUCUAUUUUUUAAGUAGAGAUGGGGGUCUUAUUCUGGCUCAGACUGAUCUUAAACUCCUGACCUCAACUAAUCCUCCUACCUUGGUCUCCCAGAGUGCUAGGAUUACAGGCGUGAGCCACCACACCCAGCCAAGAAGUUAAAUGUGAUAUACAGUAAGUCCUUAUUGUGGACCAGUGUCUGUAUUUUUGUUUUGAAUUAAAACAUGAAGAUUUUGAAAGUGCAGCUACUCCCCACAUGCAGGUGAUACACAUAAAAGUCAUACUGUGUGUGCACAAAGAGUAUAUGGAUUAUCCAGCAUAUUGCUUUACAAAUAUAUGAACUAUUAUACUAAAAUGGAAAUAUUAACACCUCAAACCACCCACUGACGCCUGGGGGUGGAUUUGUCCAAAGUGAUUUGUGAUUCAAUUGUGUGGCUUUUCCCCUUAAUUCCCUCCAUUUAAAUUAGUAAGAGAAAGACAAACUCAAGUAAAAUGAAGUGUUAAAUAAUAGAAUGUGAGCACCUGUCUGUUUUUCUCCUGUUUAUUUUCUGUCAUUUGGAGCAAGAAUCUCAGUACAGAGGUGUAUUUGCCAUUUGGGACUUGGGCUUCGACAGACAGCUUUGUUUUCAAUAAUGUGUUCCCGAGAGCAGCAGAGGGGAGCUGUGAUCUGGUCCUCACGCCUGCCGUCCCACCCCUAUGCCCUCUUAGAAAUUAAAGGAUGUGUCCACCGUGGAACAGCCCAAAAGCAAAAGAGAGCUCCUGAUCUGAGCUCAGGAAAGUGCAGUCUUUACUACUGUUCAGCUGAAAAAGCAAGGCUUUGUGUUUUUGAGACAGGUCAUGAUGUCGCAAAAUCAGAGAUUCAGUCACUUUUCCAUGAAUCUCCAAAUCUCCAAAUCUCCAGGUCUUAACUUGCAUGUUGUAAUGGUUUUGCUCAAUCCAUUUCCUACCCUUGGUUUCAGAGCAUGAGGCCUGGGUGUUCUCCAGCCAUGAGCGAAGCACGUGGGUGUGGGCCGCAUGCCAAGCUCCUCCCAGAUCUUCUCUGCAGUAUCAUUUCUCAAUCACCAUAAUUUCCCGUAUCAACUUAGUCCUUCAUGGAAGGACAGACAGCAAUCAGGACCAGCACUGUGGUUAUCCUGUGCUUGUUUUUUUCCUUUGGUUUCAACUUCUCUGGGUUUCCCCAGUUCUUUAUCUUUUCAUAUUUGUGUUCCUUGCUACUGCCUUUACAUUUGCAGGAGACACACGGUUCAGCUAAAUAUUUCAAUUCUGUCAAUAUGUACAUUUCAGGAGUGGGGAGGGAAGGAAGAAGAAGGUAUAUACUUACACUUCUCCAGGAUUUCCAUGAUCCGUCAGGACGGUCAAGGGAAAGGAAGGUCUUUUGACUUGGAAGCAUGCAGUUGGGCCAUGACAUCCCCAUGACAUUGGAAUCUCAAGUGUUGGGACCCACCCUGAGAUGUCCAUUUCUCUGACCUAUGCAUUUAGAGAGCACCAUUCACUAGUGUCACCACCAUCCUGCCUUUUGUAAGACAUGCAGGCUCACAGCUGCUACUCCUGCUUCAUGCCUGUGUUAAACUUUUUAUUUUUAAAACCAUUUUUGUUUUAUUCUUCUAAAGAACUAAACUUCCUGCCCGCUUCUCAGACAUUGACUCAUCCCCUUGAGCUGCAGUGUUUUGAUUCUUGCGAUGUAUGUGCCUUAUUUUGUGUUAAUCUUGUCACUGAGAGGGACCAAUUCAUGUCGCCCGAUCAGCGCUCUGAGGCUGUGCGCCGGUGGACCCAGAGCACACGCAGGCAGUGGAGCCCUGUGUCGUUUUGAACUGACAGGAGGAUUCUCUCUUCUGACAAGUUACCCCUGUGUAUCCUGCAGACGUGUAAGAUGAAAAUGCAAGUUCAUUUUUUUCACCUUUUUUAGAUUUUUAAAAAAUAAAAUGUUAAUCCUUUUUUUAAAAGAAACACAUGUAAAUACAUUUAAGUAUUGUAGGCAUAGUGUUUGGACGUGACCAGUCCCGGCCUCCCUUGGAUAAGCUGCAGCCACCGCGAUGCUCCGUGCCCACCUCAAGCUCUGGGGGCUGCAGCCCAGCCACAGAUGAACUCUACCUUUGCUUUCAAAACCACUUAGUCCUUUUGUAACAAGAAAAAAAAAAAAAUGUUUCUUACAAUGUCAAUAAAAAACUCUUUGUA